AUGACUGGCACAGGGCGCUCACCAGCUGCUGUCCACGCGCACUCGAUCCUCAAAACCUCAACCAUCGGAAUCAUCUCUUCUACUGGAUUUCGCAAAUCAUCGGGGAACGCAGUCGAUCUGCUAACCGAGAUCCUGCAGCGCUACAUUGCGCUCCUCGCGACUACGUGCGUCUCAAAUGCUGAUCAAGCAAACCGCGCUCAGGUCGCGCCGCGAGACCUUGCGACUGCGCUGGAGGAGCUGGGGUCCAGCGUCGACGAAGUGAGAGAAUGGGUCGAAGUGGAAAGCUCUGAAGAGAAGGAGCUGUCCAAGGCUACUGGCACACAUGCCAAAGCUGCAGCACUCAAGGAGCUAAUGGAUGCAACCAGAGCUCCAGCACCCGCAUCCGAAGAACGCAGAAUCUUGACGUUCGAGUACGUGACAGAGGCGGACCGACGGGCCGCGUCAGCCUAUGCCCGCGCUGUGGAUGAUGACACGAGCGGUAGCGAUGACGAAAGCGCGACAGAUGCCCUUCUGUCAGAUCGUGCCGACAAGUCCGAAACCAGCAGCUCGACAAGUCACGAAGUGGACACCGGGGAGCAUCCUGUAGCGCCGUUCUCUGUGGAACUGCCUUUCAUUCCAUCGCAUCUGCCACCGAUCCCUAGCGAGAAGUCUUUUGUGGCUCAUGCAACCGAGCAGAUUUAUGCGGAUUUGGCUGCGAGCAACGUCGACAAGGGAAAGGCAAGACAGCUUGAAGAUGACGUUCGAAAAGCAAGGGAGGCAAAUGAGGCUCACGUUCGCCGAGUCAUUCGGGAUGUCUGGCGUGAGGAAGUAUCCUAUGAUUGCUCACAACUACGACAGCGCAUCUCGAAUGCAUCUCUCGACCUCCCGUGCAUCGAUAAGUCCGCGCCGAUUGCCGAGCAGCCGCGUGCUAACUCUCUACAUGCCUUUGCGGCCGAUUUUGUCGCGCUGCAAAGCGAGCGUACAUCUUCCGCCCGAGCUGGCAUCCUGAUGACGCCCGAAGGCUCUCAACAGCACACUCAGACACUGCUGAAACGGCGGCGGAUGGCCUCUUCGCUUGCCGACCCUUCUCGAUUCAUGCCGCUGGACAGUUUGCACGCUGCUGUUUCCGCGCGGCCAUCUGCGAGUCCUUUUACACCGAGCCCGUCCCUGCUAAUCACGCUACCAUCGGACGGAAGCGCGCCCGUCUUCACGCCGACUAAUGCACAUGGACGCUCCGUCUGCCUUGUCCCACCCUCAUGUGCCGCAGCGCAGCCCGCGCUCGGAUACCGCUGGCCGGUACAGGUGCAGUCCGCUGUGCGCGCCGUCGCAGAACUCGACAUCCAGCGCAAGGUCGCGCGCAUCGACGACCCGCCCCCGCUGUACGACUCGCAGCACGUUGAGCGCGUCUUCCGCGGCAUGCCCGCGAGUAGGCAACUUCUGGGUGCCGCGCACAGCGCGCUAGCGCCUGCGCUGAACGCGCUGGCUGUGCAGCAGAAGAGGAAGCUGGGUGCUGCGAGCGACGAUGCAGAUCUCGAGCUGCCUACAAAGGGCACGCUUGUGUACACAUGGGACUGGACGACAAAAGACCCGUUCGACGACACCCUCCCGGGCAAGCGGCUGCCCUAAGAAUGCAAUAUGCUCAGCACCGCUUUCUACUGUAUAAUCUUCACAUUGAAAACCCGAGCAGUACAUUAUCGAUCAAUCGUGUCACCCUGCUCUUCUUUCCAUCGGGCUCAAUUUCGCUCGCAAGUAGCGCACCGCUCAUGAUCGCCUUGUCGACUUUAAAAUCGCUGCUUCCAACACUCGCAGCCUGCUGCUCCAGAUUUGCAAGUGUACUUGGAUCAUUAAGCGAGAUGUAGUCGAGCUGCAAGCGCACACCGUCUUUUUGCGCGAGCGCCGCUUCUCCCGC